GAUUGGCUAUAAACGCUUCAUUACAGUUGCAUUAGCGAUCCUGGUGUGGCUGUAGACCGCGACUGAAACUGAAGAGCUAGCGGUUCAUGAGCAAUGGCCAGACUGCCUUUACAUACAGCUGGGUGACUCCCCGCGGUGUCCCGGAGUUGCUAUGAAGGCGGGGGCCUCGUCCAUGUGGGCAUCAUGCUGUGGUCUGCUGAAUGAGGUGAUGGGUACCGGAGCCGUGAGAGGGCAGCAGCCAGGUUUUGGGGCAGGUGCGGGCCCGUUUCGUUUCGCUCCCACUGCAGGAUACUCCACAUACACGCCCACCAACUCCACCAGCACCAGUCUGGUGUGUCAGGCCUGUGGACAAGCCUUCUCUGUCUUUAGGAGGAGGCACAUCUGUUGUGACUGUAAGAAGAGUUUUUGUUUGCUGUGCUCGGUACUUCAGGAAAACCUGCGCAGAUGCACGACUUGUCAGCUGCUGAAGGGCACUGCAUUCCAGCGUCCACAGCUCAUGCGUCUGCGUGUUAAAGACUUGCGGCAGUACCUCACGCUACGCAACAUUAACACUGAUACCUGCAGAGAGAAGGAGGACCUUGUGGACUUGGUGCUUUGCCAUCAAGGGACAGAAAGUGAGGAUGAUCCAGACACACCCUCUCUGCACUCACGCCCUCUGUAUAGCCCACCACCUUCAAUUGAAGAGCCCGCUUCCCCUCUCUCAGCACUCUCUCCAACUCAAGGAGAACCAAUCAGUAGGAGCAACAGCUCGGAGUCCACCAAUCAGGAUAUUGAGGAUUCCACUUCAGUCUCACUCCUUAACCUUGACCAGACAGAACACACGCCUGAGGUUAGUCCUCAGACGCGGCGGCGAGCUAGAGCUUCUCUGUCAGACCUGUCGUCUCCUGAUGACGUGGAGCAGCUGAGCGUACGGCAGCUAAAGGAGAUCCUGGCGAGGAACUUUGUGAGCUUCUCCGGCUGCUGUGAGAAGUGGGAGCUGGUGGAGCGCGUCAGGAGGCUUUACCGAGAGAACGAGGACAAUCGCAAAUCUAUGGAAAAUGUAAGCAACCCCAUCACUGCAGUGGUAGCUUAUCCCCCUCCAAUCUGCAAUGGCGGAAUCGGAGAUGGUUGCAAAACCCAGUUAUCAAAUGACGACAACCUGUGUCGCAUCUGUAUGGACGCGAUAAUAGACUGCGUGCUGCUGGAGUGCGGUCACAUGGUCACCUGCACUAAAUGCGGGAAGCGCAUGAGCGAAUGCCCUAUCUGCAGACAAUACGUUAUCAGGGCUGUGCAUGUUUUCAAGUCUUAAUACUGCUGGGAGAACAUCCCGCUCCACCUGUGGACCAUUUUGCAUUAGAGACUCAGUGAGGAUGUGCACAGCAAGUGCCUCGUCUUUACAUUGGAUCAGUGCGGAAGAUAAAAUUCUCUGCUUAAUCUUUCAUGAAGUUUAAGGAAGCCUUCAGACAGUGGUCCGCAAUGGCUUUGUCAAUAAACACUUCAAUAAAAACAUUCCGCAAGCUCUUCAAAGAGGCUCUGUAAUAAUAUGCAAUUGUUCAGCAGCAACACCUCACAGCCUUGACUUGAUGUCCUACAGCUUUGAACACAUUCUGCUCACCUGUCGCAUGCGAGCACAGUGAGAAACUCAAAAGAAUGAGAAUUACUUGUGUGUUCUUCAACUCAGGAUGGAAGGAUCUGAAUGUUCCUGUUGUUCUUUUAUGUCCAUUUUUAUUGCAACAUCUGUGAAUGGGCUUUUGUUUCCCAUUUGGAUUGUGUAUCCUCUUAAGAUUUUUGAACAAAGUUUCUACAGGUUACAUUGUACCUCCUUAUAACCUGACACUGGAACCAUUUUUUUUUUUUAAUCAUAUGACUUCCUUUCUUUGUCAAAUGUCUUGAUAACAUUUGCUAGUUUCUCAGUCACCACUGUUCUUUUGAGUCAUGCGACUUUUGGGUAUGUGACUGGAAAACCAGCCUAGAAACCUGUUGUUAAAUCAGUGUAAGUGGUGAUAAAUGAGAAGGGAUAGAACUGUUUUGUAUGCAAAGCAGGACCAUAAAUGGGCACAGUGUAACUGUGAGUCAAUAUAAUUCAAAAAUGUGCAUUUUAUGUAUGUGCAAAGUAACAAUAACUUAAUCAAAAUGUACAGUGUAAAACCAGAGGGAUGAUUUAGGUGCCAAAAGAUGCAUUUCUCUGUCCUUAGUGCACUACUACAAUUGCUUUUCUGUUAUUGUUAGUACUUGAAUUGAUGUGUUAAGUCAGAAAACCUUAAAAAAAAAAUUAAAUGAAAAUAAGGAUUACACUUGAGAGAAAGAUGCCCAUACAAAUGAUCUACCCAUAUUUUGUAGCCAUUACCCACUUGUGUGAUAAACCUUAUUAAACAUUGCAUCAUGGCACAUUGCAUAGCGCUGACAAGCAUCAGCUGCACAAAUGAAUGCUUCAGACACCACAGCAACACCAGCCUCUCUUUUUGUGUGGCAUUUUAGAUUAUAAGGGAUUCAUGUAAUGUUAUGCUAUAUAUUCAGAUUCAUUAUAUCCUUGUUUAACCUGACAUAUCUUAUUCCUACGUAUAUGCCUAUUCAGAUAUGUUUAUUUUUCUUAACAAAAAAUAACUUGAUAUUUGCUUUGUUUGGUCAGUUGCUCUGUUACUUUAAUAUAGAAUUAACAAACAAGACAAAGCAGAAUGUAUGUUCUUAGUUACCCUUGUGAUACUUAAAAGUGCUAAGAAAGAUUUGUA